UCAAAAAUGGCAGCCUCCAUCUUAUGAGAACAGAGUCCAAUCGGAAAUGUUUUACCUCUAGAGUACUAUGGAUAUCUUGGAUUUCCUAGAACCUCAAGUAGGGAAAUAUGUAGAUGCCUUAUUAAGAGAGAAUAAUGUUGGAGUUUGGGGAGGACCAGUGCAUGUUUUAGACCCCAAAACCGGGAGACACACGAUUACUCAAAGACAUUGCUGUGACCGGUUCAAGAUUCAAAUUCCUUAUGCUGGUAACACAGUCACUUGGCAAAUCAUUUUUGACAGCAUGCAUCCAUCAGACCCGCCAGAUUUCAUUUUCAACGACCAAGACUCGGGAUUUAUGCCUAACAUUGAAGAAAUCAAGAGCCUUGUGAAUUGGGACGCGGAGGACACCAGUGCCCUCUCCCUGGUGAUAAGAGAACUUCUGGGUGCCUACAAGGAACAUCAGCGACAGCUGCUAGGAGAAAGACUACAGUUUGAACACAGCUCACUCCUCGCGACGGGUAGAUUCACUGAUGUUGAGGUCUAUCACAGCCGGAAAACCGCCAGGGGGCCGACAACAGUCAAUUUCCUGAUCAGAUUACCAGUGGACUUCUCAAAUAUCCCAGAAUUCCUUGUGAAGGAUAACCCAGGUGACGAUACUGCAAUCCUAUUGGUCAGUUUUCAGAAUCAGGAAGCCACUAAGGUAUCACCCCAACUCUACCUGUCUCCAAGAGUGGAACACGUGUUGGGUGGGUCAGCGUCUCUUCGAAUCCCAACAUUUCAAAAUGGAAACUGUCUGAUGGACUAUGUGCCAAAUGUCUGCCAACUCCUAGAGAAUAUGGUUGAACAGAUUGUCAAAGGGUACCAAAAAAGAAAAGAGUACCUCUCAGCAUUCCUCAGUCACUAUGGAAGGGCAGUGCUGGAGUAUGAUGCAGAGACAUUUAAUAAGAUCUCACUACUGCUGCGUAACGGGGACUUCUACUGCAUACUUCACAUUGUCAUUCCAACAUUCUUCCCACGAGACCAGCCACUUUUUGAGCUUCAGUCCGUCUACAAUGUGACCACCUAUGGUAAGCUGAUAGCAGCCGUAAACAAGGAAUAUCCCUACAGUCCGCGAUGGAGUGGUAACGAAAUGGCAGACAGGGCAAGAAUUUUCUUGGAGCAGUGGAUUCCAGAAUUUAAGAGAUCCUCCCUGUCUGGAAGUCGAAUGAGGUGACAGAUCCCAGGUCAUAUGAUAUAAAGCAGCCAAUGAGCCAGUUCGGUAUUGCAUAAAGCCAAGGUCUUUUGGGAAUGCGAGUCAGCAUAUCGCUGUGCUGAUAGGACAGAACGUGUGGUUAUAUCCAAAUAGCCUUACACUGGGCAUGCGCUGUUGGAAUACUGAACUGGAUCAUAAGGCUUUUAGUAGUGUGGGCCAUGCAAAGUGUGUAUCGCCUUUUCUAUGACAAGAGUGUGUAAGCAACUGGAAUUGAAGUGAUUUCGGUAUUAAAUGACGAAGGACAAAAAAUCUGUCAUGCUAGUACAAAUUUUGUCCUGCUCAUUUGAAUGUUUGGCUUUUAGCUUUUUCUAACGGAAUUUAUCAAGCACUGUAUGCAUGCUCAGUGCUUUCCAAGACAUUGUGGGAAAAAUUGACAAGCUUGCUUAAUGGAUUGUUUAACUUGCACUUGUCUUGCAUUUGUGAGAAACAUGUCUUGCACAAGACUAGGAAACAUUCAUGGUGCUGCUGCAGUACUCCUCAGUAAACUUUUGUGCUGAGCAAAAAGCAGCAUGACGGAUUGGUUACCUGUUACUGCUGAGCAAAUAACGCCAGUGUUAAGCAACUUUGUGCUUUUUGGUUCGUACUUGAUGAAAUUGACCUGUGGAGUUUAUUUCCACCUGGUCAGAAUAAAAUCAAGAAGCUUAACAUGACUAAUCGAUACACAGAAAUAGAAACAAAUGGAAUUAUAGUAAUUCUUUAGCAAAGUUUUAAUUAUCGUGUAAAAUAAAUUAUAAUGUACAGUUUUCACAUGCUAAGUAAAACACAAAAUAUGUGUUCUAUAGUUCAUUCAUGGAAAUAGCAUUUGUCAGACUGUUGAAUCUAUCUAGUUUGACAUUUCAGUUUUCGCACUUUUGUUUCUACAUUUUCUACUUAACCGAAUCAAACAGAUGAAAUACGUGAACACGGAGGUUCUAAACAGUAAACCUGAGAUUAUCAUUUAUCAGUAUUGAUAGUGAACUACUCCAGUCAGGUUACACUUCAGCUGCAGAGUCUUUGAAUUGGAUUUGAAUUGCACUUUACUGUCAAGCCACAGUUGAUUUUCAUAUUAGUCAUGUUUCUCUGUUUAGACACUGUCGUCCUGAGAACAAAAUGCUGGACAGAUCAGUGCAAGCAGUCCCGCAUAUUCAUAAUGAGUACAGUAUCACCAAGGCUGAGGCUUCAGAUAUUUCAGUUAGAUGAGACUGUAUUUCACUGCGUUUGUUCAGAUUUCAUUGCCCAGGGUUUGGUUUUAAAGCUGCUUCUCUGAAUUCCUUACUAAUGGGUUUUUGCAGUUUUGUAGCGAAAAUAAGGUCAUUAGCAUUGAACUGUAGUUAUCACCUUUAUACAAUUGAAGUCUGUUCAUUUUGUACAAGUAUAGAGAUAAUUGCACUGUAAAUUGCAUAGUUUCAAAUUGUACCUUCAUAGAAUACAUAUUUUCCAUCAAAAUAUAAGAGUAUGGAAGAAUAAAUAAUGCAGUUUUCUCUUUAGUGAAUAAGUUACUCUCAACACAUAGGCGAAGUAUUUAAAAUACUAUGACAUGCUGUAGUGAAACUUACAAAGAUAGUCCUAUAUAAUCAGUCUAUGCUUUGUGGAAAACGGAAUGUCUGUCGUUUUAGUUAAUAAAUUACAUGUGGCUUUUGUACAUUUUUAUUUACAAAACAUUGUCACAAACUGCUUUGGGGAUUCUUUAAACAGCAAAAUCAGUAGUUAAGUUUAUAUUUUAGACCAGUAAAUGUUAUUUACACAGGAUCAACCUUAAAAAUUAGGUUAAUCAAAUCUGCCAUCAAGAAUACACAAAGGCCAUUUUGCAUCAAGCCCCCAACUGACACUACUGCAGGUAUUAAACAGUAAAAUAAAGAACACAAUAUCAACUGUUG